UCUCCGCACCUCUCGUCUCUCUCUCUCUCUCUCGAUCUCUCGACCACUCCUCUCCUCCUAAUGCUGAGAAACAGAAACCGUCCCCAGAACAUCAAGGGGUCGGUUCUAAACCUGUCUGAAGACAACCCAUUUGGUCGAUCCAACGUUUUUGUUCGAACGCCCAAAUACAGAAGCAAAUGGCGUCGAACAAUCGAUGGUUCUGUGUGAUCCUCUUCGCCCUCCUAACGGGAUUGGCUUCUUCAACCUUCAUUCCUGGUGAUGUCUUUCAAUCUCAUGGGUAUACAGCUCGUGCCCUCCUUCAGGCCAAAACAGCGUGCACUGUGGAUUUCGAGCAUCAGAACUACACAAUCAUCACAAGCCAGUGCAAAGGACCCAAUUUCCAAGCGGGUCCCUGUUGCACUGCCUUAAAGGAAUUCGCGUGCCCUUACUCUGUAGAGAUCAGCGACGAUAAAAGUGAUUGUGCUUCAACCAUGUUCAGCUACAUUAACGCCAUGGGAAACUACCCCCCUGCUCUCUUUUCCAGCUUGUGCGUUGAAGGGAAGCAAGGCCUAGAUUGCGGUAAUUUUACCUCUACGAAAACAUCCGUCAACAACAGGGCCGCACCAAUGCCAAUGAUGGUCACGGCUUCCUUCUUCAUGUUACUAUUCCAUUUGUUUUGAAAGGAUGAUUCUCAUUGGUUGAACUAAACUAUGUGUGAAUUGUUUUGGUACAUUCUCUUCUGUGAUUUUUAGUGAAAACGGAGACUGCCUCCAAGGUUGUAUUUUUCACUGAUGGUAUUCUUGAACUGAAACUGAGGAACUAAAAAUUAUACAGUCCCA